GUCUGGACUCUAUCUACAUAACCUGGUGGCCCUCGGCCUUUGGACCUCCCCCUUCCCGCCUGUGAAAUGGACUUUGGGUGAAUCCAAAAAGGAACGUCCCCGUCUACGUCCUCCCCCUCUGGGACUACAAGUCCCAAGGUGCUCAAGGCGACUCCCUCUCCCCAUCCCCUCCGGGACCCGCCUCCCUCCCGUCGGAGUCACGUCGUCUAACCUGUUCCCGGCGCCUGCCCCGCCCCGUCCUCCGCUCCCCACAGCCGGAGCCGGAGCCGGAGGAAGCCCCCCAGUGCCAAGAUCUGCCCCGGAUCCGCGCCCCGCUCGGGCCGGCACCAUGGACAGCGAGGCGUUUCAGAACUCGGGGGAUCUUCUGGACCUGAACUUCCAGUCUCUGGCCAUGAAGCACAUGGACCUGAAGCAGAUGGAGCUGGACACGGCGGCGGCCAAGGUGGACGAACUGACCAAGCAAUUGGAGUCGCUGUGGUCAGACUCUCCGGCAGCCGCCCCUGGUGCGCAGGCGGGAGCGCCGGCUAGGCUGUCCCGGUACAGCUCCAGCCCGGUUCCCGAGCCGUUGGUCAGUCGCGGGUCCCCCCGGAAGGCGACUACUGACAGCGCAGACACUCCGUUCGGACGCUCUGAGAGCGCCCCGACUCUACUCCCCUACAGCCAGCUGUCGCCUAAGGGCCGGCCGUCGUCACCGCGCACCCCGCUCUACCUGCAGCCGGACGCCUACGGCAGCCUGGACCGUGCGCCCUCGCCCCGGCCCCGCGCCUUCGAUGGUGCAGGCAGCCCGCUCGGCCGUGCGCCCUCCCCGCGGCCCGUCCCGGGUCCCCUCCGACAGCAGGGUGCCCCCAUGCCCUUUGACUUCUUGGGCCGUGCCGUCCCCCGGGGCAGCCCCCUGGCGGAAGGGCCCCAGGCCUUCUUUCCAGAGCGCGGGCCGUCGCCGCGCCCCCCGACCACAGCCUACGACGCGCCGACGGCCUUUGGGAGCCCCCUGCUGGGCGCGAGCGGCAGCGCCUUCGCCCCGCCUCUGCGCGCUCAAGACGACCUAACGCUACGCCGGCGGCCCCCUAAAGCCUGGAACGAGUCUGACCUGGACGUGGCGUACGAGAAGAAGUCCUCGCAGACAGCGAGCUAUGAGCGCCUGGAUGUCUUCGGGCGGCCCGCUUCGCCAGGCCUGCAGCUGUUACCCUGGAGAGAGAGCAGCCUGGAUGGGCUGGGGGCCGCCGGCAAGGACAACCUCACCAGCGCCACUCUGCCCCGCAAUUACAAGGUCUCCCCUCUGGCCAACGACAGGCGCUCGGAUGUGGGCAGCUAUCGCCGAUCACUGGGCUCUGUGGGGCCAUCAGGCACUUUGCCCCGAAGCUGGCAGCCUGUCAGUCGCAUCCCCAUGCCUCCUUCCAGCCCCCAGCCCCGCAGUGCCCCUCGCCAGCGCCCCAUCCCCCUCAGCAUGAUAUUCAAGCUGCAGAAUGCCUUCUGGGAGCAUGGGGCCAGUAGGGGCACACUCCCCGGCUCCCCCAUCUUCUCCAGAGCUCCCCCACCUAAGCUUCCUCCCCAGCCCCAGGUGCCCCAGCCCCAGCCCCAACCACAACCACAGCCCCAGCUGCUUCCCCAGCCCCAGCCACAAGUACAACCUCAGUCUCAGCCCCAGCCUCAAGCCCCUGCCCCGGCCCCCCAGCCCCCACAACAGACUUGGCCCCCUGUGAGUGAAGGCCUCCCCAAACCUCCCGCUGAGCUAGAGCCUGAGCCAGAGCUGGAGGGGCUGCUGACACCAGUGCUAGAGGCUAGUGAUGCAGAUGAAGGCGCUGUCACUCGGCCCCUUAGUCCCACGCGGCUGCAGCCAGCACUGCCACCCGAGGCACAGUCAGUGCCUGAGCUGGAGGAAGUGGCGCGGGUGCUGGCAGAGAUUCCUCGGCCCCUCAAACGCAGAGGCUCCAUGGAGCAGAGCCCCGCUGUGGCCCUGCCUCCCACCCACAAGAAGCAGUACCAGCAGAUCAUCAGCCGCCUCUUCCAUCGACAUGGGGGACCUGGGGGGCCUGAGCCUGAGCUCUCCCCCAUCACUGAGGGAUCUGAGGCCAGGGCAGGGCCCCCUGCUCCUGCCCCACCAGCUCCUGUACCAGCCCCAGCUCCGCUCCAGAGCAGCCCACCAGAGCAGCCACAGAGCAUGGAGAUGCGCUCCGUGCUGCGGAAAGCCGGUUCCCCGCGCAAGGUCCGCCGCGCGCGCCUCAAUCCACUUGUGCUGCUGCUGGACGCUGCGCUGACCGGGGAGCUGGACGUGGUGCAGCAGGCGGUGAAGGAGAUGAACGACCCGAGCCAGCCCAACGAGGAGGGCAUCACCGCCCUGCACAACGCCAUCUGUGGCGCCAACUACCCUAUCGUGGACUUCCUGAUCGCGGCGGGUGCCAACGUCAACUCCCCCGACAGCCACGGCUGGACACCGUUGCACUGCGCGGCCUCGUGCAACGACACGGCCAUCUGCACGGCGCUGGUGCAGCACGGCGCCGCAAUCUUUGCCACCACGCUCAGUGACGGCGCCACUGCCAUCGAGAAGUGCGAUCCCUACCGCGAGGGCUACACCGACUGCGCCACUUACCUGGCAGACGUGGAGCAGAGCAUGGGGCUGCUGCACAACGGGGUGGUGUGCGCCCUCUGGGACUACAGCGCCGAGUUCGGGGACGAGCUGUCCUUCCGCGAGGGCGAGUCGGUCACCGUGUUGCGGAGGGACGGGCCAGAAGAGACGGACUGGUGGUGGGCCUCGCUUCACGGCCAGGAGGGCUACGUGCCCCGUAACUACUUUGGGCUCUUUCCCAGGGUGAAGCCUCAGAGGAAUAAAGUCUAGCUGGAGAGGACAUUUCCAAAGGACGGGGAGGAAGCAGCACUGCCUUCUCGCUGCACCUCCUCCUCCUCCCUUACUGCUGCAUCUCGCUCUGCCCCAGGCCCUUGCAGGGUGGGGUCCUUGCCAACAGCUCUCUGCUUCCCUGGAAGCCCUGGGGAGAAGGAGAAGCCCAGCCUUAAGUUUAGAAACCUGCCUUAGCUGUGGGAGGUCGAGGUGGGGCGGGGAAUCUUUGGGGGCCAGAGAGACCCCCCCCUCCAUCUGCCAAAUCAGAUCCCGUCCAAAGUGCCUCCUACUCUCACUGCCAACUUACCCCACCCCCAUCCUGCGCCCCCCAAAACAGACAACCUCCCAUCCCAGGGGACCCUGGGGUGGGUCACCUCCACCCCCAUCUCUACCAGCAGCGGUCAGGGCCCAGGUGAGGCAUAGCCACCUCUGCCAGCCUCCUUGCCCCACCUAGUCAGGUGACUUCACACAUCGCUGGUUUUAUAACCAAAUAGGGAAGUUUUUCUUUAUAAAUAAAGGUAGUUUGCACAGAAAUUGACUUC